GGUUGUUUUGUGAGAACACAAAAAAGUGCCUUUUAGUCGAAAUGUCCAAGUAGUUUUGCAAAAGCACAAGACUGAGAAACUCCCCCAAUAGAGACUUUGCCAGAAUAAAAAUGCCAUUGAUUUGAUCUCUCUAUCUCUCUCUCUAUCUCUCUCUCUCUCUCUCUCUCUCUCUCUCCACCUACCAACCUCCUAUUCGUCAUUUACAUACCCCAUUGUUUUAGUCAAACCCUCCCAUUUCCCCUGGAACAGAAGUUUUUGCUGAUCUAGAGAGAGAGAGAGAGAGAGAGAGAGAGAGAGAGAGAGAGAGUCUGAGAUUGAUCACACCAUGUCUGAGAUAGUCAAAGAAGGUUGGAACAAGUAUCUGCUACAACUGCAAGCCCACCCCCUCAGAACCAAGGCACUUACUUCCGGAGUUCUGAUUGGAAGCAGUGACAUAAUCGCUCAGAAGAUCACUGGAGCCAAGAGACUCCAAUUUAGAAGAAUACUUCUGUUAAUGCUAUAUGGAAUUAUGUACUCGGGACCAUUUGGGCAUUUCUUUCACAAGUUGAUGGACAAGAUCUUCAAGGGAAAGAAAGGCAACACAACUGUUGCAAAGAAGGUUGUGUUGGAACAGUUGACUUCGUCUCCUUGGAACAAUAUGCUUUUCAUGAUGUACUACGGCUUGGUAGUUGAAGGAAGACCCUGGGGGUUAGUUAAGAAUAAAGUUCGACAUGACUACCCCUCCAUACAGUUGACUGCAUGGAAGUUUUGGCCUAUAGUUGGAUAUAUCAAUUACCAGUAUAUGCCUAUACAGUUCCGCGUUCUUUUCCAAAGCUUCGUUGGCUCGUGCUGGGCUAUCUUCCUGAACCUGAGAGCAAGAUCUGUUGCCGUUAAGAAGGCCUAGAAUGGAGAAAGACCUUUCGGAAUUCCAUUCGAGUUUGAAAAACACGUUUGUCAUGGAUCUUGAAUCCUGUCCAUUUUGUUUUUAGAUUAUGUUUUUAGUUACUUCCCUUUCCUCUGGUUUUUCGAUAUGUAUUGGAUUUUAAUUUUUGGGAAAACUUCAAUUCACCCUAUAUUUGCAGCGCCAGGUGUGUAUUACCUCCUCUCAA